AUGCUAGACUCUGGUAUGAUGUUAUCUCAACGCCGUUAUAUGAAUGACAUAUUGGCUCGUGCCGGCAUGACUGACUGCAAGCCACUUGCUACACCCGCUGCCGUUACUCAAGCCGUUUCGCCUACACAGGAACCAUUUGACAAUCCAACUCAAUAUCGUCGCAUAGUUGGAGCACUUCAGUACUUAACAAUUACAAGGCCGGACCUAUCGUUCGCGGUCAAUCAGUUAUGUCAAUUCAUGCACUCUCCCACCGUUGAUCACUGGGUAUUAUUGAAACGAGUGCUUCGAUAUAUUAAGGGGACGCUAACCUAUGGUCUACGGCUGUCAGUGUCCACGUCGUUUGCUAUUCAUGCCUUUUCAGAUUCUGACUGGGCCGGAUGCCCGGUUGACAGGAAGAGCACCACUGGAUAUGCCGUGUUUCUCGGGGAUAAUCUCAUCUCAUGGCUCUCCAAGAAGCAACGCACCGUCGCCCACUCCUCUACUGAAGCAGAAUACAAGGCCUUAGCGGAUGUCUCGACCGAGGUUACAUGGAUAGUGUCUCUCUUUCGUGAAUUGGGUCUGCACGACGCCCAGCCGUCUACACUAUGGUGUGAUAAUCUCGGGGCAACUUAUCUAUGCGCCAAUCCGAUUUUCCACGCCAGAACGAAACAUGUGGAAAUUGACUACCAUUUUGUCCGGGACAAGGUCGCCUCAGGGGACAUGACAGUCAACUUUGUUUCAACCAAGGAUCAGCUAGUAGAUAUUUUCACCAAUAAGGUAAUAUAA